ACAAGGGGAGCAGAAUAUAUUUACCCAACUGCCAACCAAGCUCUGGAUCAUGGGUUUCCUGGAGACGGUGCUUUGGUCUGUGCUUCAUGCGCGCACUCUCCUGCUGGGCGCAGUCGCCUUCCUAUUCUUUGCUUAUGUCUUCAGAAAGCCUGGCCCUAAGAAUAUGCCACCAGGCCCCCCGCGCCUGCCAAUCCUGGGAAACUUAUUCCAGUUGGGCUUUAAGGAGCCACACUUGCAGAUCCAACAGGUUGUGAAGAAAUACGGGAAUGUUAUUUGCAUGAAAUUUGGUGGUAUGUAUACAAUCUUUAUAACUGGAUUACCUUUAAUCAAAGAAGCCCUUGUCCAUCAGGACCAACACUUCAUAAAUCGUCCCGUACUUCCUAUGCAGAACCGUAUCUUCAAAGGAAAAGGAAUUAUUAUGUCUAAUGGCCAAGCAUGGAAGGAGCAAAGAAGGUUCACUCUGACAACACUAAGGAACUUUGGUUUAGGAAAGAAGAGCUUAGAGGAACGUAUUCAAGAAGAGUCAUACUACCUUGUCCAAUUUAUAAAGGAAGAGAAUGGACAGCCUUUUGACCCUCAGUUCAAGAUCAACAAUGCAGUUUCCAAUAUUAUUUGUUCUGUCACCUUUGGGGAGCGCUUUGAGUAUCAGGAUGAAAAGUUUCAGGGUCUUCUAAGGAUGCUGGAUGAGGCCAUGUCUUUAUUAAAUUCUCCAUGGUGCCAGCUCUAUAAUGUAUUUCCAAGGAUAAUGAAAUCACUUCCUGGACCUCACCAAACAUUCUUUAAUGACUGGGAAAAACUGACAUUGUUUGUUGCUAAAAUUAUUGAAAACCACAAGAGAGAUUGGAAUCCCAAUGAAACAAGAGACUUCAUUGAUGCUUAUCUCAAGGAAAUGGAAAAGCAUAAAGAUGACACAGCUACCAGCAUUGAUGAAGAAAACCUCAUUUACACUACCCUGGAUCUCUUCUUGGCAGGAACUGAGACAACUUCCACUACACUGCUCUGGGCUCUGCUUUACAUGGCCCUCUACUCAGACAUCCAAGAAAAAGUGCAUGCUGAGAUUGACAGAGUGAUUGGACAGAUGCAACAGCCAACCAUGGCCCUCCGAGAGUCCAUGCCCUACACUCUUGCAGUGGUCCAUGAGGUACUAAGGAAGGGAAACAUUGUCCCAUUGAAUGCGCCCAGGGAAGUGACAGCCGAUACCACCCUGGCUGGAUACAAUAUGCCCAAGGGAACCAUGGUCAUGACCAAUUUGACUGCACUGCACUUUGACCCUGCAGAGUGGGCCACGCCUGAAAAGUUCAAUCCGGAACAUUUUCUGGAGCAUGGACAGUUUAAAAAGAGGGAAGAUUUCCUGCCUUUCUCAAUAGGAAAACGAGCAUGCCCUGGAGAAGUGUUGGCUAGGACUGAACUGUUCAUUUUCUUCACUGCACUCAUGCAGAAGUUUACCUUCAAGCCCCCAGACAAUGAGCAGCUGACCCAGGAUUUCAGGAUUGGUUUCGCCCUUGCCCCUGUCAAAUAUAGAAUCUGUGCUAGCCCUAGGGCAUAGAGGCCUGGGACAAGAAGAAAAGGCCCCUGAAGACUUGUGUGAGUUUAGAACCUAGGAGACAUAAUAGAAGUGGUUCUCAAGAGAAA